UCUCAGAAGGACAAAAUGAGACCACAGAACCUAACAGUGCCUACUGAAUUCAUUCUGAUGGGAGUCACCCAGCAGCCUGAGCUACAGCUUCCCCUUUUUGUGGUCUUCCUCAUCAUCUACAUAAUCACAGCAGUGGGAAACCUGGCCAUGAUCAUUUUGACCAAGUUGGAGUCCUAUUUGCACACACCAAUGUAUUUUUUUAUCAGACACCUGGCUUUCGUUGAUCUUGGCAACUCUACUGUCAUUUAUCCUAAGAUGAUGGUAAAUUUUGUUUUGGAUCAAAAUACCAUUUCUUAUUAUGCUUGUGUCAUACAGAUGGCUUUCUUCAUUAUGUUCAUUAUCAGUGAAUUUUUCUUCUUGUCUGCCAUGGCCUAUGACCGCUAUGUGGCCAUCUGCAAUCCUCUGCUUUACAAGGUAAUCAUGUGUCAAAGACGUUGUUAUGUUCUGGUGGCAAUUCCUUACUUCUACGGGGCCUUUCAGGCCCUAAUGAUCACUAGCAAGAUUUUUACAUUGGCCUUCUGUGGUUCUAAUGUUAUUAGUCAUUUCUACUGUGAUAACGUUGUCAUGUUACUUAUGCUGUGCUCAAAUGCAAGAGAUACAGAGUUGUUAAUUAUAUUGUUUUCAGCAAUUAACUUGAUAUCCUCCCUUCUGGUAGUCCUGGUAUCAUACAUUCUGAUUCUGCUAGUGGUAUGUCAAAUUCGUUCAGCAGAAGGCAGGAAGAAAGCUUUUUCCACAUGUGCUUCUCAUCUGACAGUGGUGGUGAUGUUCUAUGGGACUUUACUCUUCAUGUAUGUACAGCCCAAAUCCACUCACUCCUUUGAUACUGACAAACUGACAUCAGUGUUUUAUACUUUAGUGAUUCCCAUGCUUAACCCUUUGAUCUAUAGCUUUAGAAACAAAGAAGUAAAAAAUGCAUUUUACAGACUUUUUAAGAAUCAAUUCAAAAUUUGUACUUAA